CAGUCUUUUGCCUCUGUAGUCACUGUUUCGAUAUUUCGGUUGUGUGGUUACUUUAAUUUAUUGACAAAAAUGUAACACUUCUAUUUUAAAUUGACUAUGUUUUUACAACCGGAAUGAUAUCUGUUUUAUCCACGUUAAGUUAUUUGUGUAAAUACUGAAGGUGUUUUUAUUCACGUAAGAACUCGUUGACGCGAAAAGCGAAAAUGUCUUCGAAGAGUGAAUUAAAAAAGUUGUCAGAAGAAAGUUUAACAAGACAACCAGAGGAAGUGUUUGAUAUAAUAUGCAAGUUAGGAGAAGGAUCGUAUGGAUCAGUUUAUAAAGCAUUGCACAAAGAAAGUGGACAGGUACUUGCCAUUAAACAAGUUCCUGUGGACACAGAUUUACAAGAAAUUAUAAAAGAGAUUUCUAUCAUGCAACAGUGUGAUUCUCCAUAUGUUGUUAAAUAUUAUGGAAGCUACUUUAAGAACACUGAUUUAUGGAUUGUAAUGGAAUAUUGUGGAGCUGGAUCUGUAAGUGAUAUUAUGAGGUUAAGGAAAAAAACUCUUCAAGAGGAUGAAAUAGCAACUAUCCUCAGUGAUACUUUAAAAGGUUUGGAGUAUCUUCAUUUGAGAAGAAAAAUACAUAGAGAUAUUAAAGCAGGGAAUAUUCUACUCAACAAUGAAGGGCAUGCAAAGUUGGCAGACUUUGGAGUAGCAGGACAAUUAACUGAUACAAUGGCAAAGCGUAAUACAGUCAUAGGAACUCCAUUCUGGAUGGCUCCAGAAGUUAUACAAGAAAUUGGAUACGAUUGUGUUGCAGACAUAUGGUCCCUUGGUAUAACUGCUUUAGAAAUGGCAGAAGGCAAACCACCAUAUGGUGAUAUACAUCCGAUGAGAGCAAUAUUUAUGAUACCAACUAAACCACCACCUAGCUUUAGAGAACCAGACCAAUGGAGUUCUGAAUUUAUCGAUUUUGUCAGUGGGUGCCUUGUUAAAAAUCCAGAAGAAAGAGCUACUGCUACUGAGCUUCUAAAUCACGAAUUUAUAGGUAAUGCUAAACAACCAAGUAUUCUCAGUCUAAUGAUUGCAGAAGCACAUGAAAUAAGAGAAAAACAGAGUGCACAUCGUGCUCAUGUUAUCAAUAAUGUUGCAAUCAAAAAUCAAAACCAGACAGAAGAUUCGGAUGAAGAAGACUGUAGUGGAACAAUGAAACCUUUACCAGAGGACACAGGAACUUUAGUACCGAGUCACGAUCUUCCAGAUACAGGAACGCUUGUUUCUGCAAUGUUAGACUUGGGCACAAUGGUUAUUAAUAGUGAUACAGAUACCGAAGCGACCAUGAAACGUCAUAAUACAGGGUCCGUUGAAUCUGGAAAGAAAUAUCGACCACUGUUUUUAGAUCAUUUUGACAAAAAGGAAGCACCGGAAAUAGGGAAGGGUAAUGGACAAAUACUUGGAGCACAUAAUCAAGAUAAUGAAAAUAAAUUAGAAUUACGAAGUCCAACAGAAUCUCAAAGGUUUCAAAGUCAUUUGCAAUUACAACUUAAUCAAAUUUCUCAUCCGGUACAAGAACAGCCUCAUAAUAACAUAUCCAAGUUCCAAAAUGUCUUCACGGAACGCGACUUUGAUUUCAUAAACAACCAUAUCCUGCAGCUGAAGUUUCUCUCGUACGAGGAACUACAGCAACGAAUGGCUAAUUUGGACGCAGAAAUGGAACGCGAAAUUGAUGAGUUAAGAAGAAGGUACCAAACAAAGAGACAACCGAUUCUUGAUGCUAUGGAUACUAAGCGGAAACGCCAGCAAAACUUCUAACAGUUUGGUUACUUUUUUCAUACAAAUAAGUGUGAUGACGGUAGAUAAAGGGUGUACAGUUGUAUAAAUGAAUAGAUUUUAUUCAUCUCGCCCUUGGAUUCAUCAAAAAGAAGAACAUUGAUCACAUUUGACUAAACAUUCAUUUACAACACGAAUAUUAGCGAUUAAUGAUAUUUUCUUUUGUUUUUAAAGCAAUGUUCUCUCUUUUUGUGAAUCAAGUACGAGUAACUAAUACUAGCCAAUAGCCUCACGUCACCAAUGUAAAUUAUUUUACGCGAUUUAGAUAAACAAAUAAUCAUUAUACUUAAUUUUUUUUUAUCAUUACGUUUAUCAGUUACAUAUGCUUAUAAAGAUACGAAGUCCAUUUAGCGUUCUUUAAAAGUUAAAUGCAACGAGAGUAAACAAUAUUAGUAAGCCAUGUUUGUGAUUUUUUUUUUUUUUUAUUGAAGAAGAAAGUGGACGUCCAUGUAAAAUUGAUAUUCGGUUUUUAUCUUACGCUAGUCACAUACUAUGCCAUUUAUUUUAUCCAUAAUAUUACAGUAUCAUCGCUCAUACGAAACACAUGCAUGGAGAUCAUCCCGAAAAUAUAUUUAUAUAGUUUUGUGUGCUAAUGUAUCGUUUGCUCGUGAAGCAAUUUUUAGAAAAAAAGUGUUAUGAAACUUACUCCUUUUUUACUGCCAUAAAUAAGUUAUGCGUUACCUGUAGAUAUUAUAAUUAGUUUAUGAAAUAUUCGUUUUUAUGUUUAACAAUUUCAUUUUUAAUUCCCGUAAAAGUAAACCUACGAAAUGUUUUAUUUUUUUUUAUUUUUUUGAAGUAUGCAACAUCACAAUGAGAGUAACAUCUCACUGUAAAAUAUUUGACGAAUGAAUGUACUAAAAUUAGUCUUCCGUAUUAGAACGUAUUUUAAUAUUUCAAUAAUUCGUUAAGUCAGUAUUUAAAUUGUUGAGAAUAGUCGUCAUAAAACAAUGGCAAGAUUUAUAUUUUUAGAUUUAUGUAAAACUUUUUAUUCUAUUAAAAUGCAUUUUUUAAACGAUUUUCACAUUUGAGAUUUUGAAACACGUUAAUAUUACUUUCGGCGUUAAUAAAGAUUUCAAUGCAUAUUUGUACCAGUUCUGCAAAUGAAACAGUAACGCAUGCACCUAUUAUUAAGGAUAUUACGACAUAAUGGAGUAAUUCUUUGCUGACGUUGGGCUAUUUUAUAAGUAGCGAAAAUAGAUUUAUAAUACUUAAAUGCUAUAGCCAGAACUGACUUUUCUGUUUAUUUAGAAAAUAACAAUACAGAAUAACAACAUAUUUUUGAUAUAGAAAAUAUGCACAUUAUGGUCAGAAGAGAUUCAAAUAUUAAUUAUUAAAUCCAGUCUUUAUAUGGCCCUACCAUGACAUACAACAUUAUUCAAAUAAUAGUAUUGGAUUUUACUGUUGAUAAACCAACAGACAAUUAAGUUAUAUUUAAGAAAAAAAAGAUAUCUUUAUUGUAUGAUGAAAAAUAGGGCACACCAUUCACUGCGAUAUACGAAAUAUACGUCUGUUGCAAUAAUCUAAUAGAAAUGAAUAAAUUUGACUUAUGCAGAAUUAUACAUUUGAUAGAGCAUAAAUACGUUUGUAGUAAAAAAUUUUCUAUGUUCAUCUUCCACGUGUAUCACUAAAAUGCAAACAACAUGCGGAAAUGAAGUUGUAAAAAAAAAAAA